AUGUCAUCCAAGCAAAUGUUUUACAGAAUACAACAACUAAGAUCCACAAUCGGCAUGCCUCCUCAGGUCCGCAAGAACAUUGCCGCUUUGGGAUUGAAGAAGAGAAAUCAUAUCGUUUACCAACAGGUUUCACCAGCAGCUGCCCACAGACUUAGGUUGGUCAAAGAACUAGUCUCCAUAGAUUUGUUGGAUGCCGAUGCAGUGGAGCAACAGAAACUACUUGACAAGCAGAAAUUCCCCAAAGGUUUCGAGAAGGUUGGCGAACUUUGA